AAUUAUCAAAUGAUAAUAGUGACAAUUCAGAAAAUGAUGCUUCAGAAUUAACUAAUGAUUCUUCUCAAACCACUUAUCUUAUCAAGUCAAUAUGUCAAAUAAUCUAUAAUUUUUUGUUUGAUUAUUGGAAUAAACUAUUAAUAGUUAGUUUGUUGGCAGCACUAUUGGAUUUACGGCUAAAAACACUCACCAGUUGGGAUUAA